AUGGCUACCCCUAGUGUCCUUACCUAUGAUGCUGAGGGUCGUGCUCUUGACUUUGAAGUCUGGGUCGAUGACCUCCAGUUGUUCCUACAGUGCGAUAGGGCAGACGGACUCUCCCUGUUCGAUCUCACCUCUGGGGCCUCUCCUGUCCCGCCUACUGAUGCUGACAGCACUGUUCGCUCACAGUGGGCCACACGCGAUGUUGCUGCCCAUCUUGCUGUGCGUCGCCACUUACCGACCACUGAGCGUGCGCACUUUAGUCAGUACAAGAGUGCUAAGACCUUGGACCACUUCCUCUCAGUUUGCCCCACCACACUCACCGUUGACCUCCUCGAGGAGCGCCUCCUAGCAAUAGAGAAGAGCAUAGUCGCUGUAGGAGCCUCUCGUGGUGACCCUCGCACCUCAGUCUUUGAGGGGUGUUCCCCCUCCCCCCUCUUGCCCUCUGUUGCUUCUACUGCUGCGGCCGACCUCGUUGGCUUCGAGUCGGUAGGCGCUGCGUCUGCCCCUAGCGGGAGACGCCGCACCGGCAAGGGCAAGGGGGGCAAGGGCACUGGAGGGGCUGGCAGGGGCGUGGCAGUAGUGGAGACGAAGGAGGCUGCGGCGGGAGCGGAGGUGGCGAAGGCGGCGGAGGUGGCGGAGGCGGCGGCGGCAACGGAGGAGCUGGUCGCAGCUCUGCGCAGAGGAGUGGUUCCGGUGGUGGUCAGCGCCAGCAGCGAGAGCGCACUCGUGAGACCCCGCCCCCCCCAGCAGCUUCGUGAGUGGUACACUGCGCGUCAGCGGGGUGGGGGUGCUGGUCCCUGUGCCUACGUCCUGCGUACCGGCGACAGCACGGGUGAGCCGUGCGGUGGCCCGCACACCACCCAGCGCUGCUUCGGCCGCCUAACGGACGCCUGGCGUCUCCAGUUCCCUGACGCCACUGAGAUCCCUCGCUGGGGCGAGCUGCUUAGGGCGGGGGUUGCUAUCUUUGACCUUGAUUAUGAUGCUAUUCUUGCUGCCAUGUAUUUUGUGUCUACUAGUGAUGAGGGUGACUGUUACCUGUAUGUUCCGCCUGACCCACGCAUUGAGGCUGCUGCUCUAGGUGCUUGUGAGGCUGCUGCUCUAGGUGCUAGUGCGUCUGCUGCCCCAGGUGCUGGUGAGUCUGCUCUCUCAGGUACCACGUCGGCUCAGGCCUUACACACCUUCACCGUUGACUCGGGUGCUUCCCGCUCCUUCUUUCGAGACCGCACCACGCUUACGCCGCUUAGUCGGCCGUUGCGGUCUCCUUGGCGGACCCCUCUGGGGGUCCUGUCCUUGCUAGCUUCUCCACUGUCUUACCGUGUCCGGCAGCCCCCUCUGGCACCUUGUCAGGUCUCUACCUUCCCUCGUUCUCUACGAACUUGGUAG